AUGUCUGUGGUCUUCAUUAACGGCCUUCUCCGACACCCUCCCUCUUCCCGGCGGUUUGGUGCAUGCUGCGUGCCCGUAGCCCAGGAGGAGGUAGUAGAAGUAGAAGUAGCCCCUGAGAAGGAGGCCCAGGUAGAGGCAGAGCCAGAACCAGAGCCAGAGCCAGAGGUAGAGCCUGAACCAGAACCAGAACCAGAGCCAGAACCAGAGCCAGAGGUGGUGCAGAAGGUGGUUCAUGAGGAGGAAGACGGCUAUGAAGAGGAAGAGGACGAUGGAGAUCAAGAUGAGGAAAAGCCAAAGUUCAAACCUUCUGCUCCCAAGAUCCCCGAUGGCGAGAAAGUGGACUUUGAUGACAUUCAGAAGAAACGUCAAAACAAAGACCUGAUUGAGCUGCAGUCGCUCAUCGACGCUCACUUUGAGUGCAGGAAGAAAGAGGAGGAGGAGCUCAUUUUUCUCAAAGAGAGAAUCGAGAAGCGCCGCGCUGAGCGAGCCGAGCAGCAGAGGAUUCGUGCCGAGAAAGAAAAAGAGCGGCAGGCCAAGCGGGAGGCUGAGCGUAUGAGAAAGGAGGAAGCCGACGCCCACAGGAAGGCCGAGGAUGAAGCCAAGAAGAAGAGCGCACUGAGCAACAUGGGAUCAGGCUACAGCAGCAGCCUGCAGAAGAUUGAGGCAAAGAGAGGCAAGAAGCAGACUGAAAGAGAAAAGAAGAAGAAGAUCAUGGCAGAGAGGAUCAAACCUCUGAACGUCGACGGAUUCCCAGAGGACAAGCUGAGGGAAAAGGCAAAGGAGCUGUGGGAGUGGCUCCACAGCCUGGAGGCAAUGAAAUACGACUACUGCGAGAAGCUCAAGAGACAGAGAUAUGAGGUGGUCUCUCUCAGAAACCGCAUCGAUGAGCUGCAGAAACACAGCAAGAAGGGAGCCCACUCGCGCCGCAGGAAGUGAGCGGCUGCUGAGUGACGGUCAUCUCUAUGCGGUCACGCAGGACAGGAGGCGCCUCCCCUCGGAUCCAACAGCGGCACAGACCCCGUAGACACCCGGAGCUCCCGAGCUCCCAAAAAACUGGACGUCUGCUUGAAUGAAAUGGUUUUAUGGAUGAAUUUCGCUUCAAUAAAGAAAUUUUGAAAAAUGUUA